AUGAGCGUCCUGUUAGAUUUAGAAGUCCCUCUUGAGACACCACCCAAAGAAUCCAACAAUAAUGACCAAGGCUUGCAAGCGGAAGCCAGCCCCGAAAUCGUGGGCCAUCUCCUACGUAUUUCCCCCGUAGAAUUCAUCGUGACGGCUCCUCCAUCGGAAUUGGAUGAGAUCGGCCUCAGUACUUGCUGGAGCUUCAUGAACAAACACUCUCACCUAAUACCGUCUGUUCUAAAAGCCUCCAAUGUUCCCCCUAGUGACCCCACUCAUCUACACCGGAGCUGUAUGGCACGAGAUCUUACGGUUUUCAUGUACCGCGUCGGUGUUGGAGCCCCCACCUCAUGGCACUAUGGUCAGUGGGCUCGAUCGAGUGUCUUGGAUAGUUUCCAGAGCCCCAUCUUCCUAAGUUACCUCCGCCAAUUUUUAGAAUAUCAGAACAUCCGAUUUGGCCUUGCUGAGUGUGAGCUCGAUGAUUGUACCGUCGGCACAUAUCGCGAUUACCUGCUUGCGGUUCUACUAGUAUGGGAAGCACGAGACCUCGAGUGUGUUCACCAACAUCUGCUCAAAGCUAACGGGGAACCCGAAACAGCGCUAAAGCAUACGAUUGGGGCUCUUAGUCGAGCUGAGUACUUUCUUGGAUCGAGAAUGAGAAGCCCAUAUCCAUAUUCAAUGCGCCAAUUCUUCGUGUACUAUCGGAAAAUGCAAGGUAUGAUUCUAUGCUCCCCACCGGAUCCGGCCAUGACACCAGAAAUCCAAGAGAUUCGCCAGAAGAGUAAAUAUAUAGCAAGGGUCGGUGUCGAAACCCUAUGCGAAAGGAUGGGAGAGUUAAAAGAUGAGCCGGACAGCCCCAUUGGCAAGAUUGGAUACUAUUGGGAGAAACCGAGCAUUUUGGACCGAGCAUAUGGGAUUUAUCGUAACGGCGACAUCACAGCUCCGAGUAGGAGGCGGGCGCUCUGGACCAGAAUCCAAUGGGAGCCACGUUCUUUUAGUGUAACAUUCUAA